AUGUUUGUAUACGCCAAGAAUGGACAUUUACGGCCAUGUCGCACUGUCACCUAUAAUUCACUGCGUCUUAUCGACCCGGUGCUAGCUCCUUGGCUUUUGAUUGGGAAUUAUCUGCCCGAUAUCCUGUCCUUGAGAUGUGAUCCAAAGGGUCUCGCUUAUACGGCUAGGAUUCUCUACUAUCAACAAGAUGCAGAUGAGAUCUAUGAUACAAACAUCAUGCUCCCUACAUGCGCCAAUGCAACCCAAAACGGGAUGAAAUUAUGCAUUAUAACAAGUUAUUCAGCAACCUACGACUUCAAUGUGUGA